CUCCGUUCUCUUGCAACAAACAGCGCAAACAAUAUCAUCCACGGCCACCAGGAGACGAGGUGAUUGCUUCGUUCCGCUCAAUCAAUCAUCGCAUUGACUACCUCACCUUUCAUCCUACCUACCUACCUAUCCCUGAUCGUUGCAACAUUACUUGCCUCUGUCUACUGUACAUAGACGGCAAAAGGAAGUUAAAACACCAUGGCCCCCUCUGACACAAACAACCGGGCCACAGAGCCUUCAGCCUCGCGUUCAAGUUCGGGGGAUGCCGAUAUGGCCCAGGUGAGUAAAGCCACGACCUUCUUUUUUUCGUUCAUUUUCUCGAGCUCUCACACAUACGUAUGUUGCUCCGAUAUCAUUUUGCCGCUCUGAGAGAACAAACAAGAACGUACGUGUGGGGAUGGCACACAAUGCCAUCUCUCCAAUCAUGGAAACAAGUUGGCAGCAAAACACCAACUACCAUGAUGGCAGAGAUGAUCGUCGAUAUGUUUAUUCGCAUUUCGAUUGGUUUACCGGUUGUUGAAUCUGAUGGCCAAUUGCAAGCGUCACCACAAACAAUGCUCUUUCGGUCCCCCAAUCUCGAUAUCAUUCCUCAACAUGCCAUUCAUUCAUUCCCUGUCUAUUCCCACUCCAGAAAGUCUAGACCCGGCCUACCUGUGGAACGUUUUAUACCUUUAGCUAGACCCAGCCAGUUGGUCGAGACCUUCUCGCUUCGCUUGGCUGUCUGCCACAAGUCAAACUCUCCUGAUUUGCAUCUGCAUCAACAUUGGCAUCCUGCAUUCUGCAUCUCUGAUCCCUGGAUCCUGGGGUUGGUUGGACCUUGGGGGAAUACCCGUGUCAUACCACUCACUAUUUUGUUGUCAGCAUUCUUCUGCUCACACACCCUCCCGUUUUCCUCCCAUGUCAAUCUUUCCCUCACUAUCGCUAUUGCACUGCAUUGCAUGAUAUUGAUAGGUAGUCCGUUCACUGACAGUUUUCUGUUCCAGGCCUACCGAGACCUUGCUAGAGGCGAACAAGCGGCUACAGCCCUGGAGAAUAAUCUUUCAAACCUUGAGAACAGACUAGAUGCCAUCCUCGCUGCUUUAGAAGCCAGAGAAAUUACACACAUGCCCGCCGCCGUAGCUAAGGCCAGCGGCUCCCCGGGAGCUGCAGACAAAGGUCAGAAGGGCAAAUCACCGGAUGGUACUAAUGGCGACGCAGAGAAGAAUGAAAAGGAUUCAGCCUAAGCGACCAACCAUUUCAAGCAGUGGCUACACCUUGUUUCACAUAAUAGACUGGAUGAGGGAAGCAGGGCGUCAAGUCAUUCAUCAGUAUCUUUCCCGAAGACUCUUACGCCUGAAACAUCUGGACGGUAGCGGCCAUUCGAUAAUCAUUCCCUAUUUCGUUGAAAAGACAUCCCUGUUCUCUCACCUAUCUUGCGAUCCCACGUACUCCUCGAGCUCAAAGGCUCAUGUCCAGCCCCAUAUAGAAGGGCAAAAUGAAACUAAUAAACAUGACCGAACAGAGAAAACCCGGACAAAACGCGAUGAGCAACCCUGUAGAGCAAAAGAUCAAACAUCAUUCCGUUUGAAACCCCCUCCCCCCAUCCUCGAGUGACCCUUCUCCAAUCGUCCUUUCCUUAUUCUAACUGCGGUCGCCGACAUGUAUCGUAUACUUAUGUUUUUAUUGUCGGAUCAUGUUCGUCUAAAUCGAUAUACGUCGUUGUAACGGGCAACUGGAUUGUUAAACGUCCUUCUCUGCAGGGAGUUUGACGUAAUCGUCCGCCCAUGAAAACCCCAGAAACGCCCACAUGACAAAUAUAAAAUGCAAUAAAAAGAAUUAUGUCCA